AUGUCUCGCAGAAUCGCUACAUUCGGUGGUGUUGCUGCUGUUGGUGGAAUUACAUACUACCUGUACAGCGCGGGAGGUGAUCCCAAACUCGCCGAGAAGAAGGCCGAACACGAUGCCGCCUACGCUGCACGCAGGUUGAGGGGCGAUGUCCCAGGCCAGGACAAGGAAGCAAAAAAGGCGGCCGAGGAGGGCUACGAGCAAGUGCGCGCAACUGCCUCACAAUAUGCUAGUAAAGCAAAUGCAGAAGCCGAGAAGGCGGCGCAAAAGUUCGACGCCUACAGCGCAGAAGCAAAGAGGAAGUUUGAAGAGGCCAAGGCUCAAGCCGAGAAGGAGUACCACGAGACUGGCAAGCAGGUCAACGCUGCCGCCAACAAGUUCGAUGCCGUUGUUGAGGACAAAGCUGCAAAGACACAGAGCUGGCUCGGUGGCUUGUUCGGUGGCAAGUAA